AUGGCAUUGGAGUUAUUUUUAAAUUUCACUCUAACAUCGUGGCAUUUGCGAGAAUUGAAUUACAUAAUAUCCGGAGCACAUUACAACCACGAUAUUCAAACGUUGGUGUUUUUUGGAAGCACCUUUGAGGUUGAACGUUACAUUCGAGCUGCCGAAAUAUGGACCACACCGAAAAUAGUGAUUACCGAGCACACGGGCGAGAUACAUUUGAAAAAUGAUGCUGGAGUUAAUAAUAACAUAUUCUUUGUGGCCAUUGGAAACCUUCGCCGGCGCUCAUUUUGGAAUCACAUGAACAAUGCCCUGUCGGAGAUGCAAAGUCGAGUACGAGGAGUAUUCAUUACCAAUCCACCGAACGGCAAACGAGCUCAGCUGAAUAUUGGAGAACAUUUCGAAUGGUGUUGGCAGCGGGGACUGAUAAACACCCUCAUUCUGGUCGAUAAUGAGCUGCCUAGGGAGGAACGCUUUGAGAUUUUCAAUUAUAAUCCAUUUUUAAAAAAUUCAAUUCUGGACAAGAGCAACGCCACAAGCUUUAAUUUAUUUCCGGAUAAAUUUCGCAAUCUGCAUGGCUAUCAGAUUAAAGCAACGGCGCAAUAUGACCCACCGAGGGUGUUCGAAAGGAGAGAAUGCAAGGGGAAGAAACGCCAACCGCUUUCGGGAUAUGUGGCCAAUAUUUUCCGGGCCUUCCUCAAGGAGUACAAUGCCAGUUUAUAUUUACCAUAUUAUUAUCCGAAUAAAACAUUGGACAUUGUGGAAAUUUUGCAGCAAAUUAAUCAGGGUGAUGUGGAACUGUCUAUUAACCCCUAUGUGCCACACAAGGGCGUCCAACUGAGCUACCCAAUUCGCAUGCUGCGAAGAUGUAUUGUCGUUCCAGCAGCAAAGGAAUUGGAAAAAUACAAGUAUUUUAUCAUGCCCUUCGAUGUGGAUGUUUGGUUGUGUUUCCUGGGAUCCUGGGUCUGGUUGAGUCUGGCUCGACUCUUGAACUGGACCAGUACCCAUAGACGCUGCAAAUGCAAUCGUCUUGAUGUGGGUCGAACUUUUUUAGAAGUAUUUCGUCUUCUGGCAUUUCUUCCCGUUCCUGGAAAUUGCUGCAGUCGGAGUGUUCGAUGGUAUCACCUUUUGUGGUUCAUGCUAAUAGUACCCUUGGCGUUCAUUCUCUCGAAUCUGUAUCUGGCUUCGUUGACCAGUUUCUUUUCGGGUUUAACAUUCCGCCCGCAGAUUAGGACGCUGGAUGAAUUGGUGAAGAGAAAUUUGGCAGUUGAGACCAUUGACUACGACAUACCAAGUAUACUGGACAAUCGAGGCCUUCCCAAGGGGUUUGUGGACCUACUAAAGCCUCGUUCACCAUCCGAAUUGAUAGCAGAUAUAUUGGACCUAAGGUCAACGUUGACUUUCUCAGCUCUAAUUGAUCGCAUUCAGUUUGUCUUGAAUCAAGAGAAACAUCUUCUCAAACCGACCAAACACAUUGUCGAGGAGUGCAUCAACACUGUGCCCUUUGGAUUUGUAAUGCCGCCACAUUCCCAAUUCGAAUUACCAUUGAAUCGCUUCCUGCUGCGUUGUGCCGCUGCCGGCCUAAUUGAGAAAUGGGCACGCGAUUCAAUCGAAGAUGCAUAUUGUUCCGGCAUGCUAACGCUAAAGAAAACUGAAUUUCAAGUGGCCCGACCAUUGCUAUUGGAGCAUUUUCAAUUUGGCUGGUAUGUUUUGGGUGGAGGUUACACCCUGUCGUUGUUGGCAUUUGUGUUGGAAAAUCUGAAACGUAUCCUUAGAAGAUUCCGUAUAUUUAUUAUAUAUUAUUGA